GCUUCCGGUCGGCAUUUUGUUCUACGAGAGGGGAAUCUAGAGACUCUUGAUCAUCGCAACGAUCGUCAUAUUUUUUCAUUUAUAAGCGAAAUUGGCUACAGUCCUAGUCCAUGUUGGUUUAGACCGGCCAAAACACCAACGAACGGAUGUUUCCUUCUAUACAACGGUUGAAACAUUCACCCGCGUAUGACGGAAGAAGAAAGAAUCUGUCCAACCCGGAUUAUUGUUGAUAGCUAGCUAGCUAGCUGGCAGCUAGCUGGCAGGCAGGCUCCGCUGGAGGAGCUACGAGAGAAGAAAGGGGGAGCUAGAGAGAGAGCGAGAGAGAGAGAGGGAGAGAGACGGACCCAUAACCUACCUUCAACAUUCCCCUCCCUUUGAACGUAAUAUCCGAAGAUUCAAGGAGCUUUCCCUGUCAUGUCAGUGGUCGAACCCCGGACCCAGUAGAUCUCACCAUCAAGGUGGCAGGAGAUGUGAGGAGGGGUGUGGUGAGCGCGAGGACCUGACCUACCUGUGCAUCGACACGCCGGGCCGCACACACCUUCAGCAUGAACGGGGAUAUGCCUCAUGUUCCCAUCACCACUCUCGCUGGGAUCGCUAGCCUCACCGACCUAUUGAACCAGCUGCCUCUGCCCUCCCCUCUGCCGGCCACCACUACUAAGAGUCUGCUCUAUAACGGUCGUGUGGCCGAGGAGGUGACCUGCCUGCUGGCCUGCAGGGAUGACAACCUGGUCACCCAGCUGGCUCACAGCCUCACCCAGGUCUCCACCGAGCACAUAGAGCUGAAGGAUAACCUGGGCAGUGAUGAGCCAGAGGGGGAGGGCCCAGUCCUGCUGCAGACCAUGCUGGCCAGGAACCCUGGGAUCUUCAGAGAGACAGGGAUCCUGCAGCAGCCAAUGGGACAACAGUAUAAAGUCACGCAGAAUUCCAUGCAUGGCAGCCCUGCCCAAUCAGGCGCCUUCCAACAGGCCUCCAUGUCUCCCAACCCCUCCAGCAGGUUCGGUCCUCCCCCGUCAGGGUCUGGUGGGGGGGGGUUCAUGGGCCAGCAGACCAGCCCAGUGCCCAGCCCCUACACUCCCCAGAGCCCCGCAGGGUACCUGCAGUUCCCCCCCAGCUACACUCAGCACCAACAGAUCCAGCAAGUGUCUGUGGCCAGCCCCAUGGUUCCAGGGGGGAUGAGGAACGUCCAUGAGGGAAAGAGCUCCAGCCAGCUGUCCUCUAACCAUCACGCCAGCGACGACUACAUGAGCAUCGUGCAGAGACUCAACACUGAGGAGAGUGACCCCUCCCUGAGGAACGCAUCAUUUCCUCUGAGGUCACCCCAGUCUGGCUGCUCUCCAACAGGAAGUGAAGGAACGCCCAAAGCCGGCUCCCGCCCCCCUCUCAUCCUCCAGUCCCCUCCGCCCUACUCCUCGCCACGGGAGGGCGCUGGAGACACGCCCGGCGACAAGAAACAGCAGAAGAAGAAGCCCAGCGGGGGGUCCUCCUCCGGGGGCGGGGGGGCGCUGAAGGACGACAAGGACAUGUACGACAUCGUCACCUCGCCCUCCAAGGACGUCACCAAGCUGACCCUCAGGCUGUCCAGGGUCAAGUCGUCCGAGUCGGACCCAGCGGGUGAGGCGCUGUCUGGUGUGGACCCAGGCUCAGACCUGGAGCAGGGGUACCCCCCUCAGGAGCAGGGGUACCCCCCUCAGGUGCAGGGGUACCCCCCUCAGGUGCAGGGGUACGCCCCGGGGCUGCAGGCGUACCCCCCGGGGCUACAGCACACCAUGGGGGCUAAGCUGCAGCAGGCCGGCUCCUCCGAGUGGCCAGGGGGCGCUCUCCUCUCCUCCUCCUCGCCGUAUGACGAGGCGGAGUUGGACGCGCUGGCUGAGAUUGAGAGGAUAGAGCGCGAGGCAGCCAAUGAGAGGGAGCGCUGCUCCAGAGAGGUGCAGGAUAAAGACAAACCCCUGAAGAAGAGAAAGCAGGACUCCUUCCCCCCUAGCCGGGUGCGGGGGGCCCGGGGGGCGGGGGGUCCAGGUGGGCCCACGGGAGCCCCAGGCAGUGGAGGAGGAGCGGGGGGCAACGCGGGCAAGCUGACCCCCCAGGAAGGCAGCGCAGCGGGGAACGGAGCCAGCCGCCCCGCCCUGAUGGUCAGCAUCGACCUCCAGCAGGCUGGCCGCGCCGACGGGCAGCUGGACCCCUGCAUGGUGGCCCCCAUCCCUGCCCUGGAGGCCCAGCGCUGGCCAGAGGAGCCCGCCGAGGGCCCUGCCGCCGAGGGUUCCGACACGGCUGGCGUGCUCCGGCUGAAGCCGGGCGGCCGGCCGGAGGUCAUCAAGAACAGGAUGGACCGUCAGGACAGCCGCAGGGAACCCGCGAGGCAUCGGCACGACGGGAAGCCAGACGCCCGCCGUCCUGAGGCGGGGAAGUCGUCCGGCCGGGGAGACCGGGAAAGGAGGGACCGGCGCUCGCCGGAGGAGCGUCACCGCGGCGACAGCCCCCGGGUGAGGCAAGAUGGGCGGGGAGGGGGGGGCUGGAGGGGGGCGGGCGGCCUCGCAGCGGCGGAGCCGUGGCGACGGACCGGGAAUCGUCCCGGUUACCGACCGUCCGGUAGCUCCAAGCAGCUGGACGCCAGACCUCCAGAGUUCCCUGCUCACCUGCUGGGGGGGUCGACCGGGGCGCUGAAGAACUUCCAGAUCCCCAAGGUGAAGAGGGACCAGGAGGGGGCCCCUGGGGGCCCGGAGGAGGCCUGGGGGCAGCCUAGGGUGAAGCUGGAGAGACUGGGGCUGGUGAAGGACCUGGCUAAGGGGGCCAAGCCCGUGGUGGUGCUGCAGAAGCUGUCCAUAGACGAGCUGCAGAGGUUCAUCACACACAGCAAGUCUGGAGGGAAGAACCGCUUAUCAGGGAGGACUGGGAAAGGAGGUCUGGACCAGUCAGUGUUGAAGGAUCUUCCUCCAGAGCUGCUGGCAGAGAUCGAGUCGACCAUGCCCCUGUGUGAGCGUGUGAAGAUGAACAAGAGGAAGAGAAGCAGCGUGAAGGAGCGCCCGCGCUACGCCGAGGUCAGCUCCGAGGACGAGGACAGCGAGGCCAACGGAGAACUGAUGAGGAAGCGAGCGCGGCGGGAGAAGGACCGGGGCUGGGAGCAGGAGGAGGGGGAGCGCCGGCGGAGUGGUAGCUUCCAAGAUGGCCGCCGCGGCUCGGCCAGCCGGUACCGGGAGUCCAGCGGCGAGGAGUCUCCGCCCCCCAGCAUGAGCGAGCUGGCCAGGAAGCAGAAGCAGAAAGAGAAGCAGAAGAAGAGGAAAGCCUACGAGCCCAAACUCACCCACGAGGAGCUGAUGGACUCAUCUACCUUCAAGCGGUUCUCCAACAGCAUCGACAGCAUCCUGGAGAACCUGGAGGACGUGGACUUCAGUGUCAUGGAGGAUGACGAUGAGAUUCCUCAGGAGCUGUUGCUAGGGAAACACCAGCUGACAGAGCUGGCCAGCGAGUCUGCCAAGAUCAAGGCCAUGGGCAUCACCAGCCGGAUCCCCUCAGAGAAGCUGGUGAAGGUUCUCAACAUCCUGGAGAAGAACAUCCAGGAUGGAUCCAGGCUCUCCACGCUCAUGAACCCUGACAACGAUGGUGAGGAUGAGGAGCGUUUGUGGCGUGACCUCAUCAUGGAGCGCGUGACUCGCUCGGCCGACGCCUGUCUGACGGCACUCAACAUCAUGACGUCUCUGCACAUGGCCAAGGCUGUAUACAUGGAGGACGUGAUCGAGAGGGUGCUGCAGUACGCCAAGUACCACCUGCAGAACACGCUCUACCCCCAGUACGACCCUGUCUACAGGGUGGACCCCCAUCAGGGGGCUUGAUGAGCUUCGAAGGCGAAGCGUGCUAAGUGCUCCACCCACAAGCAGCGCGUCAUCAUCAUGCUGUACAACAAGGUGUGUGAUGUGGUCACCAACAUCGCAGAGCUGCUGGACAUCCAGUUACUGACCGACACCACCAUCCUGCAGGUUUCCUCGAUGGGCAUCACUCCGUUCUUCGUGGAGAACGUCGUCAGUGAGCUGCAGCUGUGCAUCAAGCUGGUCACCGCCGUGUUCUCUCGGUAUGAGAAGCACCGUCAGCUGAUCCUGGAGGAGAUCUUCACCUCUCUGGCCAGACUGCCCACCAGCAAGCGCAGCCUCCGCAACUUCAGGCUGAACAGCAGUGACCAGGACGGGGAGCCCAUGUUCAUCCAGAUGGUGACGGCCCUGGUGCUGCAGCUCAUCCAGUGUGUGGUGCACCUGCCCUGCGACAGAGACAGCCUGGAGGACGAGUACGACAGCAAGAUGGACCAGGACCUGCUCAUCACUAACUCCUAUGAGACAGCCAUGAGGACCGCCCAGAACUUCCUCUCAGUCUUCCUCAAGAAGUGUGGCAGUAAGCAGGGGGAGGAGGACUACCGUCCGCUGUUUGAGAACUUUGUCCAGGUGCUGUCCACUGUCAACAAGCCUGAGUGGCCCGCCUCCGAGCUGCUGCUAAGCCUUCUGGGAAGACUGCUGGUGCACCAGUUCAGUAACAAGCAGACAGAGAUGGCUCUGAGGGUGGCCUCGCUGGACUACCUGGGCACCGUGGCGGCCAGGCUCCGCAAGGACGCUGUCACCAGCACCAUGGACCAGCUCAUCAACCGCAUCCUGAAGGAGACCGCAGGCAGUGAUGAGACGCAGCAGCUUCAGAAGGCUUUGCUGGACUACAUGGAGGAGAACGCAGAAAACACCCCCUCUCUGGUGUUUGCCAGGAAGUUCUACAUCGCCCAGUGGUUCCGGGACACGGGCACUGAGUCAGAGAAGGCCCUGCGCAGCCAGAACCAGCGUGACGACGACUCUUCUGAUGGGCCUCAUCACGCCCGCGACCUGGAGACGGCCGGGGAGAUCAUGCAGCGCGCAGAGAGACGCAAGAAGUUCCUGCGCAACAUCAUUAAGACCAGCCCCGCACACUUCGCCACGCUCAGGAUGUCGUCAGACACGGUGGACUACCAGGACGCCUGCCUGAUAGUACGCUACCUGGCCUCCAUGAGACCCUUCUCCCAGAGCUUCGACAUCUACCUGACCCAGAUCCUGCGUGUCCUGGGGGAGAGUGCCAUUGCUGUCAGGACUAAAGCCAUGAAGUGUCUGUCUGAGGUGGUGGCAGUGGACCCCAGCAUCCUGGCCCGGUCGGACAUGCAGCGCGGGGUGCACGGGCGGCUCAUGGAUAACUCCACCAGCGUCAGGGAGGCGGCCGUGGAGCUGCUGGGAAGAUUCGUCCUCAGCCGACCCCAGCUGACGGAGCAGUACUACGACAUGCUCAUAGAGAGGAUCCUGGACACGGGCAUCAGUGUGAGGAAGCGUGUGAUCAAGAUCCUGCGGGACAUCUGUCUGGAGCAGCCCACCUUCAGCAAGGUGACAGAGAUGUGUGUGAGGAUGAUACGCAGAGUCAACGACGAGGAGGGCAUCAAGAAACUGGUGAAUGAGACAUUCCAGAAGCUGUGGUUCACGCCCACACCGGCUCAUGACAAGGACAGCAUGACCCGCAAGAUCCUCAACAUCACUGAUGUGGUGGCAGCCUGCAAAGACACGGGCUACGACUGGUUUGAACAGCUGCUGCAGAACCUGCUGAAGUCGGAGGAGGAUGCAUCCUACAAGCCUGCUAAGAAGGCCUGCAUCCAGCUGGUGGACAACCUGGUGGAGCACCUCCUGAAGUACGAGGAGGCCCUGUCAGAGAACCAGGGUGUGAACUCCAGCAGGCUGGUGUCCUGCAUCACCUCCCUGUACCUGUUCAGCAAGAUCAGAGCUCAGCUCAUGGUGAAGCACGCCAUGACCAUGCAGCCUUACCUCACCACCAAGUGCAACUCUGCCAGUGACUUCAUGGUGAUAUGUAACGUGGCUAAGAUCCUGGAGCUGGUGGUUCCUCUGAUGGAGCACCCCAGUGAGACCUACCUGGCCACCAUAGAAGAAGACCUCAUGAAGCUCAUCAUCAAGUACGGCAUGACGGUGGUGCAGCACUGUGUAAGCUGUCUGGGUGCUGUGGUCAACAAGGUCACACACAACUACAAGUUUGUGUGGGCCUGCUUCAACCGCUUCUAUGGGGCCCUGAACAAGCUGAAGGUUCAGCACCAGGAGGAGCCUAACAGCACCACGCUGGCCGCUAACAAGCCCUUCCUGCUGCGCUCGCUGUUCACCGUGGGGGCCCUCGCACGCCACUUUGACUUCGACCUGGAGGAGUUCAAGGGCCCCAACAAGCAGCAGGUGAUGAUCAAGGAGAAGGUUCUGGAGCUGCUACUGUACUUCACCAGACACGAGGACGAGGAGGUCCAGUCCAAAGCCAUCAUCGGACUAGGGUUCCUGGUGAUCAUGCACCCCAGCCAGAUGUUCGUCCCGGAGGUGAAGAACCUGUAUAACAGCAUCCUGGCAGACGCUAGCAGCUCUGUGAACCUGAAGAUCCAGGUGCUGAAGAACCUGCAGACCUACCUGCAGGAGGAGGACUCCCGCAUGCAGGAGGCCGACCGCGAGUGGAAGAAGCUGUCCAAGCAGGAGGAUCUGAAGGAGAUGGGAGACAUCUCAUCAGGCAUGAGCAGCUCCAUCAUGCAGCUCUACCUGAAGCAGGUUCUGGAAGCUUUCUUCCACACCCAGUCCUCCGUCAGACACUUUGCCCUCAACGUCAUCGCCCUCACCCUCAACCAGGGCCUCAUCCACCCCGUGCAGUGUGUGCCCUACCUGAUCGCCAUGGGAACAGACCCAGAGCCCAGCAUGAGGAACAAGGCUGACCAGCAGCUGGUGGAGAUCGACAAGAAAUACACAGGCUUCAUCCAUAUGAAGGCGGUAGCAGGGAUGAAGAUGUCGUACCAGGUGCAGCAGGCGAUCGCCCAGUCGUCCAGGCGGAGCAGUAUCAUCCGGGGCUUCCGUGUGGACGAGACCACGGCCGCGCUGUGCUCUCACCUGUUCUCCAUGGUGCGCACCAACCGCCAGCACCGCCGAGCCUUCCUCAUCUCCCUGCUCAACUUGUUCGACGACAGCGCCAAGACGGAGGUGAACAUGCUGCUGUUCAUAGCAGACAACCUGGCCUGCUUCCCCUUCCAGAGCCAGGAGGAGCCUCUGUUCAUCAUGCACCACAUAGACAUCACCCUGUCUGUGUCGGGCAGCAACCUGCUGCAGUCCUUCAAAGAGUCUCUCCUUAAAGAGCCGAGACACAAGGAGAAGAAGGUGAAGAAGGCGAGGGAGAGGAGGAGGAGCGGGGGGUCGGAGGGCUCGGGGGACCAGGACGCCACGCCCAUCAGCUGCAGCUCCCCGCUCAGCGACCAGGGAGACGGCGAGGACGCGGGCCGGAGGCCCAGGAAGGGGCGGCGGCAGGAGGUCAGCUCGGGGUCGGAGUCUGACCUGGAGGACCUGGAUGUGGACGAUGUAGAGAAGGUGAUGCUUCUGCUGCCGGACAACCCCACCUCCCUGCUGGACUUCGCCAACGCCUCGCAGGGCAUCCUGCUGCUGCUGGUGCUCAAGCAGCACCUGAAGAACCUCUACGGCUUCUCCGACAGUAAGAUCCAGAAGUACUCGCCCACAGAGUCGGCCAAGGUGUAUGACAAAGCCGUCAACAGGAAGCCCAACAUCCACUUCAACCCCCGCCAGACCAUGGACUUCCUAUCCAACAACCUGGCCAACGCCACGCUUACUCACGACACCAAGAGACGGGUCGUCCGGCAGUACCUGGACUUUAAGGUGCUGAUGGAGCACCUGGACCCUGACGAGGAGGAGGAGGAGGGGGAGGCGGGGGCCAGUGCCAACAUCAGGAUCAAAGCCAUAAACGCCCUGCUGGGGGGGCCUGGGCCCCACCCACGCCACCCGCCCCCCGCCCCCGACACCGAGGACGACGACAGCGAGGGGGACGAGAGGACACCAGGGUCCUCUCGGCGGGUGAGGCGGUCAGGGGAGCCCUCUGACCCGGGCCACAUGAGCGAGGCGGUGGACUCCAUGGACGUGAUCGCCCUGUGCUGCCCCAAGUACAAGGACCGUCCUCAGAUGGCUCGCGUCCUGCAGCGCACCCCCAGCGGCUACAGCGUGCAGUGGCUGGCCGGCUCGUACUCUGGGCCCUGGGCGGAGGCCAAGAAGAGGGAUGGGCGCAAGCAGGUGCCCUGGGUGGACACCAUCAAGGAUUCGGACAUCAUCUGCAAAAAGAUUGCCUUGACUAGCAACCACAAACUGAGCAACAAGGUGGUUCAGAGGUUACGAUCGCUCUACGCCGCACGCGACAGCGCCCUCAGCUAAUGAACCCUGACCUUUCACCUCCGACGAACCCUGACCUUACCCCCCCACCCCACCUGGCCUCCUCCUCUCACUCCCUCCUCCACAGCCAAACUUCACUGGAUUACCCCUCCCUCUCUCCUCUCUCUCUCUCUCUUUUUUUUUUAUAAACACAGAGAAAGCAAGAAUAUUUGACACUACAUAACUUUUACAUGUGUUACUCUUGCGAGGAAACAAGACUAUAUAUUAGAGACUUCUGCUAUUUGUGUUGAGUGCAGAGAACAGACCCCCCUGAGGCAUUAAGGAAUGCGCCGGAGAACCAUGGAGAAGGAAGAAGAGAUGAGAUGGAUGGAUGAAGAGAGGGAUGAAGAGGAGGAGGAGAGGGAAAUGUUUUUGACAACAUUGUUGUAGGAGCCCUUUCGCUGUUGUACAGCAAAACCUAGUCAAUUCAUUUCUACUUCCACUGUAUAAUAGUCUAACACACCACAAACUAAAAUGUUUAUAUCUCAGACAAAAAAAGCUGUAAAAAAAAGAUAAAAAAAGAAUAAAACCUUAAGUGAAUGUUGGAAAUUAGUCUUUUUGAUGUUCUUAUAUUAAAAGUGUUUUUUGGAGUCAGAAUCUCCCUGAUGGUUUUCUUUAACUUAGAAUACCUACUCUGAAAAAAUAUUUUUUAUUUUUGUUUCACUUAUGUUUGUCCAUGCUGUACGAUGGCAGAGUCUUCGGAUAUAAUUUAUUCUAUUUCGAACCACGCAUGCAGUAUAUAUGGCCAACCUUGCAGGGGGAUAUUUUGUAAAUGUAAAUGUUGUUGUAUUAGGUCUCCCUAGUGAAAUGAUGAAAAGGGAUCUUGUCCCUCAGGUGGAACAAAUACUGCAAUAAAUUUUCUACUUCUCUUUG